GAUGGCUUCUGACUUCCGCCAUCACUGCGGAUUCAAAUCACCUGGCUACAUAAUAGGCUGACUUGUGUCACCAUAUUCCGUGGAGGUUGGAACGCGCUUCUUGUUCCUCCACAGCAUCUCCAUAUUUGAACAUGGUGGGCAUUCUUGGUCUUGGGAGUCGAGGUUCCUCGUCGUCGGAAGCGCGUCGCUCUGGGGUGUCACUAAACGCGGCAUCCUGCAAGCCAGAUCCCCCCUCCCUUCCUCCCAAAGAUGUGGCACCUUGGGACACGCCUGGUCAUAUUUCUGAAACCUCAGGAAGGCAGCCGUACUCCUUUUCGCUCCCUGUCUGGAGACGUCGCGGACGCCCAGCGCCAUCGCGCCAGAACCCUGCCAGUGCCAGUCCAUCCGGAAACGAACACGGCACAAUUCCACGUAGUAUGCCCAUUUCCAACUUGGCCUUCAACAGGGACAAGGAUUUACCUCCAAGCCCUCUACCAGACCACGAUACUGGGUCACGUUCCAAUGACGAUGCACCAGGAAUGUCAUCUUUAUCUGACCGGAAGGUCAUGAAGCCUAGCCACCGGUUUCUGCAUAAUGAUUCUACUGCUGCUCAGGUCGCUCCCUCUAAAACAUCAUCAAAACAACCUGAAAUCCAUAUCAACAUCGAUGUUAAAUCCUCGGCUGAUCCGAAUGGUAUUGACGCAACGUACCAGCUCCCGGGUUACUUGCGACCGAGCAGAAGUGCACACGCUCUCCGGUCCUCGGAGGCUGCAUUCACUGGGUUUCUGACACCUAACGAUACUCGCAACCGGGUCGUCUCGAUGGCACCGUUCCCCCAGAGCAAGAAAGCAACCCCCAAUGCCACGGAACGCGAAUAUCCGUCCUCCCGUUUAACUCGCAAGCCCUCGUUCUUGUCACGCAAAACCACUAGCCCGAUACAGCGUCUCGGUCUUUCGGAGUCACCUUCUCUUCCAGUUGGACACCCCAUGUCUCCCUCUCUGUUCGGUUUACACCCUGCACCUAACGCUGCUACACGGCAAAGCCAUGGAGCCGCAGUUCCAUUGUUUACACUGACACGACGUCAUUCAGAGAAGUUUUCUAAGCGCCCCUCGACCGGUAAUGGCGACGUACCUGUGCUUCCUCACAAUCAAUCAAGAACAUCUGAUUCCUCGUCCAUUGCUAAUCCUUUCCUAUCGUCACCGGCCGUGACGCGGCGACCUGCUACAGCAGAAACGCCUGCACGUAUCCGUUCCCAGUCCUUUUUUCCUCUGUCGUUUCGACCCGCAAACACUUCCAAAGAUUCUGCUACCAAGGGUCUGAGUAAGCCGAUACCUCAAUCUCCCAAGGGCAACUCAUCAAAUACUCUCCCGCGCCCCCGCUCCGCUACCAACCCUCCCUUUUUACACCGACUCUCUGUUAAUUUAUUCUCCUCUAGCGGGACUGGAAACGGCUCCUCAUCCCCAACAGUAAGGUCGCCUCGACCUUCCGUAUCUCACUUACCGCCGGAAGCUCUGAAACCCCAAGCGGGUGAACCCCCUGAUGCUUUCUUACAACGAUUGAUGUCAUUCGUUUCCAAGGCUGACAUAGCAGGCAUUCUGGCAUCAAGUGCUGAAAGCAUUUAUGCGGACUCGUUGAAAUCAUACAUCAAUUAUUUUGCCUUCUUCGGCGAUCCCCUUGAUGUUGCAUUGCGCAGGUUGUUAAUGAAUGUCGGUCUUCCCCGAGAGACUCAACAGAUCGACAGAGUUAUAGAAGCUUUUGCCAGCAGGUAUAUGUCAUGUAACCCUGACCUUUUUUCUUCCUCAGACCAUCCAUAUAUCCUGGCUUUCAGCCUAAUUAUGUUACAUACCGACGCAUUCAACAAGUCUAACCGACGCAAAAUGUCCAAAGCCGAUUAUGUGAAGAACACGUCUCUUCCAGGAUUGAUGACCGAGAUUCUUGAUUGCUUCUAUGACAACGUAGUUUUUGCGCCUUUCGUAUUUAUCGAGGAUCCCCUGGACAGUGGAACUAAUGGCAAUAGAUUUUCCGAGGGGGGAAAUACCCGGCCCUCCACUCCUGCCACCCUUCCUAGUCCACUGACCGCGGUCGGAACCCCCCUACUCAGCAAGCCGAAAAUUGACCCCUACUACCUCAUUAUGCAUAAUUUGCUGGAUCAAUUGCGUGUCAAGGUCGAGGAAUACGUUCCUACAGAGAACCCCUUUAGUUGGGAAGGAACUGGGGUUUCCUGGGACUACGACGAGAUUCUCCUAGCCUUUGCUAGAAGUCUUGUCGUCGUGAUAUCUUCCUCGGAUGGUACUCGGCUACCCGUAGCCUUCUUUGGGUCGAGCAUCGGAGGCUUCCCCAGUCACCCACUGGCCGAAAGUGGCGGAAUCAGCAGUCUACACCCCACAUCUCCUGGGAUUUGGAGCCUGAGACUUGUCAAAGUAGCCACCCUCAAUCUCAAAGAUGAUGUAGUUGAGGGAGGAAAGCGAUCCAUUUCCCGCAAGUGGCGACCAUACAGCGUUGCCCUAACUUGGUCACAAUUGCUCCUUUUUCGCGAUGUAUCAUGGACUCCAAUCCUUCUCUCCUGGAACGACACCCCUAAACCACCCCCACUUCAGGCAAUGCAGUUUAAACCGGAUGAAGUCAUACCCAUUAAAGAUGCGCUAGCAGUUUUUGAUAGGUUAUAUACCAGGCAUACGCAUACCUUCCGUCUCGUCAUUUCCGACGGCCGCCACAUCCUUUUACAAACACAAGAUGAAGGAGAGAUGAACGAGUGGAUAUCGCGCAUUAACUACGCGAGUGCCUUUAUGUCAACGGGGAUACACAUGCGGUCAUUAGGGAUACCGGGAGAAGACGUUGACCUUGCUGGGACUACGGCUGCCGCAUCCCAUCUUCAGGAUCUACAGUUUACCAGCGCAGGGCAGCCUAGAGCUUCGGACUCGCCGGCUGGCCCCAAUAUUGAUGAGGCAUUGCAAUGCAGAGAGAGAUGCAAUGCUGUUGAAGCCAGACCGGCAGGCAUGCGCUCUGGUACUGAUAAAGUUACAGUUGGCUUGGAGGACUUUUCGGUCCCUUCUGGCGGCCUGGGGUCACCCUAUUCUUCUAUGGAAAAACCUUUCGGCCUCCGUUCUAGAGCGCAGAUAAUCCAUUCCACGGUACGCGACCUGGAAGAUCGAAUAUGCGCUACGAACUCAGAGAUAGGCGUUGACCUUCGCGUCGCCCGUAAUAUCGCCGUUUUGGCACCGUUUCAAAAGUCAACCCGUGAUCGUUUGCAAGAGGCUGUCCAGACGCUGUCAAGACGGCUGCAGACUUUACGUCUGGAUGUCACCAAACUUGUAUGCCACCGUAAUAUCCUCCUUAACGAUCUCGCAGCAGAAAUACGGACCUUUGAGCAAACGACAUUGACUCUACAGCCGGCUACGGAGAUAUUGCAUAAUGACGUUUUUGAAUCCAUGCUUUCCCCAGCCACUUCCCUGGAUAUAGGUGAAAAUAGUUUUCAACUGGAGGAUGGCUGCCGUUCUGUUUCUCAUUCCUUUGAUUCCUCUUCCGGGCCGUCAUUCCGUACUGUACUUGAUCUCGGUCCCGACUGGCCAUCUUCAGGCGAAGCCUUUGCCAUCUCUGCCUUCCGAGCAGCUUCCUUCAUGGGGGAAUCGGCUGACAUCCAUGGAACUCCAUCAAGUCAUCCCCUCCUAGAUGAGGAUUCACACUCGUCGGCCUCAGCGCUGAACCAGCUACUGUCGCAGACUUCAAUACAGGAGAAACUAUCCUUUUCAUCUGAGUCUCGAGAAGAGCCGGAAGACUGGGACAAAACUCGGGCAGCCAAGCGGGUCUCCUUGGUACGGUUGCCAUCUGAUUUGCGUCUUGUUGGUCUGUUAGGAAAAUUGUCACGCCAUCCACGCUCCGCCGACGACUUUGGUCCUUAAUGAGGGAACCUCCACCGUGAGCUGCGGCAUCCCAAGAUCAGCCUAUUAAUGACAUUCGCACAAUCCUACUCCACAUGUACCGUAAUCCAUGCCAUUAUUGCAUACAUUCAUAAUUUCCUUGUUGAUAUAUGUACAUACGCACCUCUAUACCCUACAUACCGAUGAGUG